AUGGCUGGCAGGAACCGCAAAGUGAAAGAAAGAAUGACAGAGCUCACAGAGCAAUUAGGAAUCCAAGACAGCGAUGAGGGUGAGAAGGGUAGAGAGUCGAAGGGUAGAAGAGAGGAUGGGAGGGAAGGAGAAGGGUAUGUUGAGAGGAGGAAGAGGAAGAAAGGUGUGGAGGAGGACUUAAGGCGACAGGAUGCCGGUGUUGAUUCUGUUCAGAUGUACUGUGGUGUUCCCCGAGGCCGUGCCGGGGUAGGAGACCCAAGGGCCCCACCCCGGCCCACACCCCCUGACAGGAACAACAAAUACGGCACAACGAGGUAA